AUGACAUCCUCUGCAAUUAGCCGCCUUCCACGAUCUGUCAUCCCUUUGAAAUAUGAAAUAGAGAUGAAACCAUGUUUUUCGAGUUUCACAUUUAUUGGGAAGCUGUCUUUGUCCAUGACUGUUACCGAGAGUAUUUUGGAUAUAGUGUUAAAUAUCAAGCACUUAUCAAUCAAAAGUGCUAAGUUCAAUGGAAUUGACGUUGAAGUUGUCGAAAAACCUGAAUAUGAGCAAGUUACUUUUAUCCUUGGACAACCUUCAUUACCAGGUUUAGGAAUGCUUGAAGUAGAUUAUACUGGGAAGAUAAGCGAUAAAAUGGAAGGCUUUUACCGAAGUUCGUAUAAACUUGGGGAAGAGGACCAUUAUUUAUUUUCGACAGAUUUUGAAGCUACCGGUGCAAGACAAGCCUUUCCUUGUUUGGACGAACCAGAUUUCAAAUCCGUUUUUAGUAUCAAACUUUUUGUGCCUAAAGGACUAACGGCAGUUUCAAAUAUGCCUCUUUUAUCGCAAGUUGAGUGCGAUGGAAAUGUGAUUGCCUUCCACUUCCAAGACACUCCAAAGAUGUCGACAUAUUUGGUUGCCUUUGCGGUUGGUGAUCUCGAAUACACGGAGGCUACCGACAGAAACGGAGUAUUAAUACGCGUUUAUUCAAGGAAAGGUCUCCUUUCAAAACAAAACGAGGGUGCCAUUGCGUUGAAUGUGGCUUGUCAUAGUUUACCAUUCUACGGUGAAUAUUUUGGCAUGAAAUAUCCACUAUCCAAAAUCGAUUUACUUGCUGUUCCUAAUAUGAGCGGCGGUGCAAUGGAAAACUGGGGACUUGUAACUUUCCGUGAAAGAGCUUUACUGGCCAACCCUCAUACAUUGUCUCCAACAACGAAAGAAGUUAUCACAACCAUAAUCAGUCAUGAACUAGCCCACAUGUGGUUCGGUAAUCUUGUAACAAUGAAAUGGUGGACAGAUUUAUGGCUGAAGGAAGGAUUUGCUUCUUGGAUAGAAUACUUUUGUUCUGAUCGGUGCUAUCCGGAAAUGGAUAUUUGGACACAUUUCUCGUAUCAUCGAUUGGCAUCUGCAUUGCGUUUAGAUUCACUGUCUAGUUCACAUCCAAUAGAAGUGGAAGUUUCAAAUCCAUGUGAAAUUAACGAAAUUUUCGACACAAUAUCUUACUGUAAAGGAGCUAGUCUUAUUAACAUGCUGCACUCAUUUUUGGGUGAUGAAGCAUUCCGUUCCGGUUUGUCAUUCUACCUUGAAAAACACGCUUAUGGAAAUGCUGUCACAGAGGAUCUAUGGUUCGCCUUAAGCUCAACUUCAGGUGUUGAUGUUGGUGGUGUCAUGCGCCCGUGGACUCGUAACGCUGGAUUCCCUGUUGUGUCUGUCUUACCAAUAAGUGUUACCAACAACCGACUUAAAGUGCAGUUAUCACAAGAACAGUAUGCACUUCGAUCGGAGUACACAAAGAAUUCAAAUACAGAUACCAAACUUUGGCCUGUGCCAAUUGUUUUAACGUGUUCUACAAAAGAUAGGAAACAUUCAUUUAUGUCCAAACAUAUUCUAAAGUCUGCAUCAGAAGAAGUGGAUAUACCUUUGAAUUGGUCUGCAGAUACCGGUACUGAUGAUUGUGUAAUACGAGCUAACGCAGAUGCGACGGGAUUUUAUCAUAUACGAUAUGAUGCAAAGCAGAUGAACACACUAGUCGAUGAUAUGAAGUUGGGUGGAUGGAGUACCUCUAGUCGAUUUGUGUUCAUUAACGAUGGAUUCUCACUAGCUAAAGCUGGCUAUAUCAGUGUUUACGAUUGGCUUGUACUGUUGCCCAAAUUACUGAAUAAUGAAAAGGAAUACGCUGUUUGGCGUGGUGUUCUUGCUGAUGGCCUUAGUACAUACAUUAAGAGAAUUGUGCAUUCCAGUGACAUUCCUUCGACACUUUAUAAUAGUUUCCUGCUGAAAUUAGUUCGUCCAGUAAUAGAUGAAUUAGAUCUGCUUAACAACUCGGAAUCUUUAUCGCAUAAUGCUAGUAUGUUCAGAUCAUUACUUCUGUCAGUCGCUGGUGCUCAAGCGGAAGAUGUCGAUGUUAUUCAAGAAGCUAAACGGCGUUUUGAAGAUCAUCGGUCUGGUGGAAAAGAAAUACCAAAUGAUAUGCGUUCAGCGAUUUACACGAUUGUUGUACGUCACGGUCCUGGAGAUGUAAUCCCAUAUCUCAUGAAUACAUAUAGUUGCACAGAAUCGCAUGAAGAACGUCAUCAUAUUCUCUGGGCUCUUGGUGCAGCACGGGUGGCAAAUUGUAGUAAUGUUGGAGAUGCGUCAUCUUCACCCUUAUUAGAUGUUCUACGUUUUUGUUUGGAUCCGAAUGGUCCAGUGAGAGAUCAAGAUAGAAUUCAUGGUCUAAUCGCUUGUUCAUCAUGGUCAACCCCAGCUAGACUAACAACAUGGAACUAUAUCAAAAGUGAAUGGACUAGAAUUACUGAAUUGUACAAAAAACACUUUUUACUACCGACCCUCCUUGAGGAUGUUCUAUCAGGAUUUUCUACGCAGGCUCAUUUAUUAGAAAUUAAGGAGUUUUUCAAUGCCAAUCCGGUGUUUUGUACACGUACUGUAAAUCAGAUAUAUGAAAGUGUGUCUAUUAAUACAGCUGUACGUGAACGUGAUGCUCCCUUGAUAGCUAAGGCGUUAAAGACCUUGUGUAAUACUCUCAGUUAA